GGGACGAUGGCAGAUGACAAGGAUUCUCUGCCCAAGCUUAAGGACCUCACAUUCCUCAAGAACCAGCUGGAGCGCCUACAGCAGCGUGUGGAAGAUGAAGUCAGCAGUGGCGUAGGUCAGGACAGCUCAGUCUUCUCUUCCCCGUUCAUCAAGGGGUUCCUGGCAGGGUAUGUGGUGGCCAAGCUGAGUGCAUCGGCAGUGUUGGGCUUCGCGGUGGGCACAUGCACUGGCAUCUAUGCAACUCAGGCAUAUGCUGUACCCAACGUGGAGAACACACUGAAGAACUACUUUAGGUCGCUGCGAAAGGGGCCUGACUAG